CUCGGCUACUAGCGCCUUCACAUAAACAGCUAGUACAUACCUGUGACAGGCCUCGCCCUCUCCAUCUUCUCCACGUUUGAAGGGACCGAACGAUCAAUGCUUCAGAUUUCCAGAGGAUAUGUCUAACGAGCCAACGAAGAAACGGCGCCGAACUGACGAAGGCGUUUCGGCCGAUGAUGCACGCGAUGACGACAACGGCAAUCCAUUUUUCUCACCAAGCGAGCUGCAAGCAGGGGCCGGUUACGGCUUUGAGAACAUCGAUCCAUUCUUGUCACCGGCCACUGCAUCAAGUUGGCCUUUUGAUGAGUUUGCCCAUGAUCCGGAUUAUCUGGCCUCGCAGGAAGCAUUGCGUGCACUCAUGUUCGACACGGCACGAUCAGUCGCCCCAACCAGGGCAGGCACCCCUGUAGAGGCUGAUGACCGAAACGGGAUGAUGAGUUUGAAGUAUGUCCUGGCUCACGGAAGGCGCAUUCAGUACAUGAAGAAUUACAUGUCACAAGUAGCCCCAUGGCUUGAUAUGUUUGAUUGCGAGCGAGCAUUUGGGACUCAGCUGCCUGCUCUUGCAAAGGAAUCGCCACCCCUUCUUUACGCUAUCCUUGCCAUUGGCGCUCGCCAACUCGAGCGCAAGGACAAGAUACAGUCAUCUUUUGACAGUCUCGAACUAUACCAGGAAUCUAUUCGACUAUUAACUCCUUUAUUACAAGCCCGAGACGUCCACGUGAUCGCAGCUUGUGUGAUCUUAUGCUGCCUCGAGAUGUUUUCAGCCAGUGCUCAGGACUGGCGCCAUCAUCUCGAGGGUUGUGCUGCUAUAUUCGAGGCUUUUGGCGUCAACGGUUUCAGCGGCGAUGUACUUCAGGCGGUUUUCUGGUGCUAUGCACGUAUGGAUGUAUGCGGAGCCCUCAUCUCUGACGGUACGGAAAGUACGUUACUCAAACCCUCAGAAUGGCUGCCAUCUGGCAUUUCGGAUGAAGAUAUCGAAGCCCUUUUCCAAAAUUCGAAAAGUCCUGACAUGUACGCCAACCACGCGGUGUAUCUCUGCGCCAAGACGUGUGAGCUUAUCUCCGACCGCAACAAAUACACUGAGCUGGGUGCUGAGAAUGGAUGCGACGCCAAACAACACGAAGACCGUUCAGUCCGAUUGUGGGACCAGCUCGCGAGAUGGGCGUUGCAUCGUCCGCCAGCAAUGCAGGCUGUGGAGACUAAGAAUACAGCGCCGUUUCCACACAUCUUCUUCGCCCAUUGGGCUGCGAUAUCUUCCAAUCAAUUGUAUCACACUUCCUGUGUGUUAUUGCUGAACAGUAAUCCGAACCUGAAGAUUUCGAUGCCACCGACGUCUACCACCUCAAUCAUGUGGCAUGCAAAACGCAUAUGUGGGAUAAGUCUAGCGAACCCACACGAAGGCUGCCUGAAUAAUGCCAUCCAACCACUUUGGAUUGCCGGACGCCUGUUGAGCCACUCCUCCGAGCAAGCCAUGGUUGUCAAGACUAUUCGGCACAUCGAGGUCCUAACCGGAUGGACUGCAACUUGGCGUAUACGUGACUUAGAGAGCACAUGGGGCUACAAGAUCCGGGGCGACAUGUGAUUGGAAAUCUCCAUUGGAGCAAACGAUAUGCCCAUGGCAAGUCAGAUGUCUGCUUCAGACCACAGAAGUGUGCGCCACCGCUGGUGAACACAAUUGUCGGAAAGUCAUCGUCGGUCAGAACUCCAUCCU